CGCACUUUCAAAUUGUUGCAUGAUACCCGUUGAAAAACAGAAAACACUAUUAUACUAGUUUGAACAAUUCUACGUAAUUAGUAAACUUCGUCAUCAUUGUGUGCCAAAUCCCCCACGGUAAGGUUGUCAGUUGUCACUCUGUUCCGUAUUUUAUAAUCCCAGAAAUGGAGAAAAAGAAAAGUAUCCUCCUCCUCAGUCCUCACUCCUCAGAGACAGCCAAAAAAAAAAAAAAUCCAAUCUACGUAGAAAUUUCCCGGCAGCCAGUCUCUCUCUAUAAAUACCCUCUUCCUCCUUCUUUCUCUCUUCAUCACCUCGACCUUUUAACUUACUCCCUUAACAUUGUUUCGGUUUCCUCUCUCCCUUUCAUUCAUUUCUUUCUCCACAUCAGAAAGACAGCCACGCGCCAUGGGAAACUGCUUAGCCCCAAACAAGAAAAGGUCCCAAGUACACGAAUUCCAAGAAGAACAUGAUAGUAAGGUGAAUUCCGACAAGACGAUGAAAACAGAGGAAACAGGGGAUGUUCCGACGACGAACAACGGCGGAACCGACGUCGGGACGAAAGUGAAGAUAGUUUUGACGAAAGAGGAGCUCGACUGGCUGAUGUACGAGCUCAAGGUGAAAAACAGCGGCGGCGAAGGCGGAUCCACGAAGAAGCUUGAGGAUGCUCUGGCUGAGAUCGAGAGAAACAGAGCACUGAAAUCGGCCAGUGUGAACAGCUGCUGGCAGCCUUCUCUGGAGAGCAUUAGUGAGUGCCCUGAAGACGUUGGAUCCGGGAGAUGUUAUUAGGAUGCAGCAUCUAAUCGCCAUUUUCGAUCUGUGAUUUAUCGAUUCAUAUAUUUUUUUUGGCCCCUUUUUCUAUGGGUAUUUUUUUGUUCUACCUGUUCUCUUGGGAGCGAACCUCUGUUUUCUUAUGUCCGUUGGUGACCUGUUUUUCCAUGUGGGUUUUGGUGAUAAACCCUUUUGAAAAAUUUACGAUGCAUAUGAUGUAUAAAGAAAGAUCGGAGUAUUUUUUUUAUAGAAAUUAUAAAUAUUUUUAUAGUUCGAACGAGUAGAAAUGACAUGUUUUCCCCCGAUUUGAACAUGAAGUUAAUCGCAGGUAUCAUAUCCUACAGACAUCACUAAUGCCAUUCUAUUGCGAGCGACUUGUUUCAUUUGCAGCGUUAAACAAAAACUAUCUUGGGCACCAUCUCCUUGAAGUUCUAGGGUUAAACCUCGAAAUUCUGGUUAAAGACAGGAUAUCCGAACAAGUCAGUUUAUUAAUCUCUUGUAGCUCUUUUAGAAAUUACGCAUUCUAUUUGUUGUUAAAUAUUUAAAUGGUUUGUAUUCACUGUCAUUUAUGUUUGCAUUAAAUGCGAAACUUGUAA